AUGAGCCUGGUGGGACUGAUGACAAUGCACGAUAAUAUUGGAAGAGUAUGGCCAGCGACGAGCAAUUCGGCCUGGCCCGAAGAGUCACGCCUGCUGUCGGCCACCAGCGCACCAUUCACACCGCACUCACAGCCCCAGCGCUCCGCGGUGCUCAGCUGGUCGCAAUUCAAUGAUUGGGCGGAGAUUUCAGACGGUAGGAUCGCCAGCCUGGCGACAGAGGACAGCGCAGCGGCGCACAGCCACAAUGCUGUGAGGGCCUCCAUCACGCCAGACGCGCAGAGUUUCGCUGGGACAAGCAAGGCGCCUGGGGUUCAGCCAGACGAGGCGAUACUGGAUUUCUUGGAUAUGGAUCUGCUCGAGGAGCUGUCCAAGGGCAGCCUGUCGACAAACACGACCACCGAGCUGAAGAUCCCCGACCCCAUCAUCGCCUUCAGGAGGGAUCCACCCCUCCUGAUCGCCCCAAGCCUGCCCCCGCACAUGCCUGCAGCCGACCAGGAACGGGCCAAGGCGUGCUGGAACAGCAUGCGCAGCAUCAGCGACCCUGCAGGCGCCUUCUCACCUGCACAGGAAGUGGCGGAGCUGUCAAGGCCCAUGACGAGUGGAGCAGCUUCGGGCAGCCGGUCAGGCAGCAGCUCCCGGGAGCGGCAGAGCAAGGCGGCGGCCACGCGCAAGAGGGCGUCCCCUCACAGCCGGGCCUCCCCCGAGAACAAAACCCCGCGCGAUGAGGCUGCCCGCGCACGCAACGCCCGUAACCAGCAACUUCACCGCCAGCGCCAGCGGGAGAAGCUGGAGGUUUCGGAGGGGAAGAGGGCAGAGCUGGAGGAGCGGCUGAAGCAUCUGACGCUCGUCAAUGCUGGCCUGCGCGCAGACAACCAGCUGCUGGAAGCUUCCGAGCAGGGCCACCUGGAGAGCUUGGAUGAGGAUGCGUUGUGGGGCGCUGCCAACAGCGCUGCCACCACCGGUGCACACCAGAAGCUGGCAGCACUCUUCACCUGCAUCUCGCUUGGCAUGGGCAAGGGCGCAGUCAGCGCGGCUGAGGUGGCGCUGAUGUCACCCGAGGACGUGUUCCUGUUCAGGCAGCAGUACGGCGCCUAUCUUAGCCACCUGUUCCAGUGCGGCGUUCAAAAUGAAGGCAGCGCUGCGCAUGCUCAGCUGCUGCAGCUCGUCACCCUCUGGGGUGACUCCGAGGCGCACCUUUGGGAGCAUUGCCCAAGGGCCCUGCAGCGAAUGGCGGCUAUGGCGCAGCGACAGGACGACGACGGCCUCUGCCUGCCCUUCACCCUCAAGUGGCAAUCCAUCCUGGCGCAGCUGGGCCUGAGUUCUGGGCAGAGAGCUGCUUUGAAGCAGGUGCACCGGCGGCUGGUGGAUCAGCUGCUCAAUGUGACUGCAGAGCGCUUCCACGUCUCCGCCAUGCUCAAGGAGGUGUGCCCGGACCCGGAGGCAGGCAACACAUGGGAGGGCAGCCGCACGUUCCUGCGCGUUCGUGAAGCUUCCAAGCGCCUUCAGGCCAGCAUCCGCUCCGAGCACACCCUCAUGCGUGACGCCCACGCCGCCUUCAGACAGGUGGUGUCACCCUUGCAGCAGGCGAUGUGUGACAUGCUGGCGCACCCGGGCUCCCUUGACAUCAUCGCUUUGCUGAGCCUGCUGCGCGCUGGCCUCUGA